AUGCCUGAUCUGCCCAAAUAUGAUGGGACCACAGAUCCUCAGGAGCAUGUGACAUCAUACACAUGUGCUGUUAAAGGAAAUGAUAUGCAGCCGGACGAGAUUGAAUCUGUUUUACUCAAUAAUGCCUUUAUCAAAGCACAUGCUGGAGAAAAGAAGGUGUCAGCAAGAAAAUCGGAUAUAUUCAAGAUUGCCCAAGGCGACUCUAAGUUGCUUCGUGAAUUCGUUAUAAAAGAUAAGGUCAUAAAGUUGUUAAAGAAGGGACAUUUGAGGGAAUUUUUGAGUAAUAGAGCCAGAGAUGGUUAUGGAAAGAGCAAGGGUUCAAGCAGACAUUUUGAUCAGGGCGAGCCUAGUCAGGUGAUCAACAUGAUAAUGGGAGGAACCGAGAUCGCGGGAACUCCUUUUAUCACGAAAAUGACGAAAUUCUCAAUAACACGGGAGAAGAGAUUGCGAAACUUUGUCCAAGAAGAAGCGAUCGUAUUCACUGAUGAAGAUGCAGAUGACGUUACUCUUCCACCUAAUGAAGCCUUGGUAAUCUCUGUUAUGAUUGUGGAUUGUUGGGUUAAACGAAUUUUGAUUGAUUCGGAUAGUUCAACAAACAUCAUCCGGUGGAAAGUGAUGGACCAAUUGUCGAUGUUGGACGGACUGACACCAUCUUCUAGAGUGCUUAAUCGGUUCAACAUGGCAAGUGAGAUGGUAAAAGCUGAAAUUAUAUUACCAAUCAAUGCGGGAGGAAUGCUCAAACCCACCAAAUUCUAUGUUAUUGACGGUGAUAUGAGUUACAAUACGAUCUUUGGAAGGCCUUGGAUACACGAUAUGAAGGUAGUGCCUUCGACAUUGCAUUUGCUUUUCAAAUUCCCUACACCGAAUGGAAUUGGAAAAAUUCGGGGUGAGCAAUCGGCAGCAAAAGGAAUGUUCGCUAUUGAAUCACAUAAAAGCAAAAACUAG